GUGGCCUCGCUUUUCCCCGUUUUCCUUCCUAGGGUCCCGGGGCGGGGGUCCUCAGACAGACCGGAGGCUGCGACAGGAGAAGCUUCCCAGCGCUGAAAGCCUUGAUCUGUCCAAACCCAGAGCUUCCGAGAUGGAGGCCCGUGGCGGAGGAGGUUUUUGCGGUGGCGAUUCGGCCUCUUUGGGGGCUGCCAGUGACAGGGAGCCUUGUGAAUCCCCUGGCGCGGAGGAGGAGGAGGAGGAGGAGGGGGAGGAGGAAGAAGAGGAAGAGGUGGAGGUUCAGGGGGCACUGGCUGGGCCCCAGAAGGUUGGCCCCACCCACCUAGAGGGGCAGGAGCUUUCAGACCAGGCCUCCUCGGAGAAAAAGUCUGACAAAGGAAGCAAGGACUCAGGAAAGCAAGGUAAAAUGCCCAACAGUGGCCAAAGAGGGGAGCUGUCUGUUCCUGGAUCUCGAGAUGAGGAAGAUGUGACGGCUGAAGGCUGGCGCAGCAGGAGAAAGCAUGUGUUCGUGCUGAGUGAGGCUGGAAAGCCCAUCUAUUCCCGAUAUGGCAAUGAAGAGGCCCUGUCUGCUACCAUGGGUGUGAUGAUGGCCCUGGUCUCAUUCAUUCAAAGUGGGGACAAUGCCAUCCGUUCUAUCUACUCCGAUGAUCGAACACUGGUCUUCUUGCAGCAGGGCCCGCUAGUUUUAGUAGCAGUAUCCCGGACCCCACAGUCAGCAGCACAGCUUCGGCGGGAGCUCCUGGGAGUGCACUCCCAGAUUGUGAGUGUGCUAACUCGGGCAGGUGUGGCAAGAGUGUUUGAGCGCCAGAGGAGCUAUGAUUUGCGGAGGCUGCUGGCUGGUUCCGAGCGGAUCCUCGAUAGCCUACUGGAUGGGGCUGAGCGGGAGCCAGGUUUCCUGCUGGGUGCAGUGCGUUGCCUGCCCCUGCCUGCCCCAUUCCGGGAUAGCCUAGGUGCCCUCCUGCAGCGGGCCACAGCUCCCAGCCUAGCCUUCUCCAUCUUGGCUGCUGGCCGACACCUGGUCACCGCGGCACAAGAGAGGGCGGUCCUGGAAGAUUGCCGCCUUGACCCAGCCGACCUCCAUCUGCUCCUGAACUUGGUGGGGGCAUCUUCUGCCUUCCGGGCUGGUGAGGUGUGGGCCCCAGUUUGCCUGCCCCGCUUCAACCCGGAUGGCUUCUUCUAUGCUUAUGUCAGCUACCUAGGUGACAGUACCAACCAUGCUCUCUGCCUCGUGCUCCUCUCCACUGAUCGUGAGGCCUUCCACGCCCUGGCUGGUUGUAAGCGGAUAGUUGAAGAAGGCCUGCAGGCCCUGGGGGCCUCCCGAGUUCUGGCUGCUGGCGGGGUAGGGUUGCCCUCCUACGGUGUCAGUGCAGUUGGUGCCCCUGACCUUCGGCACUUCCUCUACAAGCCAUUCGAUGUCCCUGACAACUAUCGCCAGCUGCCACAGUUCACCAGCCCAGAAAUGGAGGGCCCAUAUGCCAGUGAGGAGGAGCGCCAGAGGCUCUUUGACCUCUACUAUCGCCUCCAUGGGCGUCUGCAUGCUCCAUCCAGGCCCCUUCGGCUCAUCUAUCACGUGGCUGAGAAGGAGACCCUGCUUGCUUGGGUGACACCCAAAUUUGAGCUUUACGCCUGCUUUAACCCCCUGGUGACAAAAUCAGGUGCCAUCCAUGCUGUGACCAAGCUUCUGCGCUGGGUGAAGAGGGAGGAAGAUCGACUCUUCAUCCGAUACCCUCCAAAGUACUCAACUGCUCCUGGCCCAGCCCGCUAUGGGCCCACCAGGACCGACUCUGCCCUGGAGAAUGGCCUUUGAGGCUCCACUAAAAGUCCCCACCCUUGCUUUCACCUGACUGCCAUCCUGGAGAAUGAGAAGGUGGUGGCUCCAGAGAGCCCUUCCCUGGCUUGUCUUGGGGGGAAUGGGAUGGAUCCUGGGCAGACAGAAGGGCCCAAUUCCUUGACCAGGGUUUAGAGGACCCUAUUUAUGAUUGCUGCCUGAAGGCAUAGGUGCCAUGAGGGGCUUGUCUCUGGGGAGGUCUAAAAGAGUUGGUCUAGGGUGGAGGUUCCAUUUAUCAGUGACUUUGAGAGUGUG